AUGGGCGCCGCUCCUGAGCACCCUCUGCCCCUCAUCUGUAUCCAGAGUUUCUUCCAGCCAAGGCUUAGCGAGACGGGUUCUGACAGAAAUAAAGUUUACAGCAGUUGUGUUCCUGUGAUAAGAAAUAAGGAUGUGACCUUCCAGUUGUGUAAAGCUCUUAAAUGCUGUGUAAGUGCGUCGGGUGCGCUAAGGAACCUGGAGCUAAAUGGGCUAGUUCUGAGAGAGAGAGACUUAACUAUGUUAACAAAGGGAUUGAAUAAAUCAACCACUUUGGUGCACCUGUGUCUUGCGAAUUGUCCAAUUGGAGAUGGAGGUUUAGAAAUUAUUUGUCAAGGUAUAAAGAACUCUAUCACUCUUAAGACAGUAAACUUCACUGGGUGUAAUUUGACAUGGCAGAGAGCAGAUCACAUGGCUAAGAUCUUAAAGUAUCAGACUAUCAGAAGGCAUGAAGAAAUCUGGGCUGAGAGUCUUCGUUACACGAGACCUGAUCUUGACUGUAUGGCUGGUUUGAGGCGCAUCACUGUGAACUGCAACACGCUUAUUGGUGACUUGGGUGCAAGUGCUUUUGCAGAGUCUCUCAGUGAGGAUUUGUGGCUUAGAGCUGUUCUUGCUUAG